ACCCCUAAAGCCAUUACGUAGAGGUGCUGACUCGUGUGACUACCGCCUCUCUGACACUGUUCCGCAUCAAUAAUAUCACGUAAACGACCAUGUCUGGCAGAGGGAAAACCGGAGGCAAAGCCCGGGCCAAGGCCAAGUCUCGCUCCUCUCGCGCCGGACUCCAGUUCCCGGUGGGCCGGGUCCACAGGCUACUGCGCAAGGGCAACUAUGCGGAGCGCGUCGGCGCCGGGGCUCCGGUGUACUUGGCCGCCGUGCUGGAGUAUCUGACGGCCGAGAUCCUGGAGCUGGCAGGCAACGCGGCCCGGGACAACAAGAAGACCCGGAUCAUCCCGCGGCACCUCCAGCUGGCCGUGCGCAACGACGAGGAGCUCAACAAGCUGCUGGGAGGUGUGACCAUCGCUCAGGGCGGCGUGCUGCCCAACAUCCAGGCUGUCCUCCUGCCCAAGAAGACCGAGAAGCCGGCCAAGAGCAAGUAGGGACUUCCCUCUGGUCCGGAUUCAACCGGGACUCGAGCCUCAUCUCGGAGCCGGCCACUUUUUCCACAUCAGCGUUUCUUCUUUUCUGCUUUUGGACACGCGUACCUUUCGAAAGCGUUUGGUGUGGCUGCGUCUGCGUUGAACACGUUCACUCGCUCGCUUCUCGUCGGGACUAUUCACAGACUGCUCUGUUGUGUUCUCGUUGUGGAAAAUGGAGGCGCUCUCUGGAGGCUGGCGAGCGCAGCAACGUGAAGUGUGUGGGGACAUGAUAGGGUUUUUCUCGUUAUGGACCAAUUCUGAGGGAUGGGGGUGUUUUUUUUGUUUGUUUGUUUGUUUCGUUUGUGGUGAUGCUGCUAAAGAAAAACGUGCAAAAUGGUUGUUUUUUGUUUGUCGUGUUUCAAUAAAUGUCCUGCAGUCUUUCGGCACAGGGCCAAUACA